AUGGAAUCUCAAUUUAUACUGGAUCACAAUCUUUUAAUGAAGGACAGGUAUAGCAACCAGAAACCUGUUGCCAAAUUGUUAAAGAAUAAGCUUGUAGGCGAUAUGAAAACUACAUUAAAAAGACUAAUUUAUAAUGAAAAUACCAAGCAGUAUAAAAAUAAUAACAGUAACAAUGGUUACAAUUGGAGGAACCUGGGCUCACAGUAUUUCAUACUGUAUCUUCCCCUAUUUACACAAGAACUGAUUUGGUGUAAACUGAACGAAAACUAUUUCCAUGUUGUAUUACCGCCCUUACUGAAUAACAAUAGCCUUCAUGAUAACCACAGUAACUAUAUAAAUAAAGAUUGGUUACUUGCUCUCUUAGAGCUCACCUCUAACCUGGAUCAAAACUUCAAAUUUGAAUACAUGAAAUUGAGAUUAUAUAUUUUAAGAGAUGAUUUAAUCAAUAACGGGUUGGAUCUUUUAAAAAAUCUUAACUGGGUCGGUGGAAAACUGAUCAAAAAUGAAGAUAGAGAAAGUUUGUUAAACUCGAGCGAUUUGGCUACGGAUUCUAUAUCUCAUUUAUUAGGUGAUGAAAAUUUUGUUAUUUUGGAGUUUGAAUGUUGA